AUGGGUGCAGCAGCAGUGAGAGGACAACAUGGCACAGCGACCUUCACAUUUCAUCCCUCAGGAUACACAACUAAUGUAAACUUCAAUCAAAACCAACAGCAGUCCACUUCUCCAAACAUGACGGCUUGUGAAGCUUGUCAAACCAACUUCAAUCUUUUCAAAAGAAAGAAAAUAUGUAAAUACUGUGAUAGAACCUUUUGUUCCAAUUGUGUGCACCGUUAUCGGGAUCCGGACAAUAACCGAAUGACAUACAGACAAUGUAACACAUGUAAAGUAUUAAUGUCGGGGAAAUUCACCCGUUCUGACCUGAUGAAGUGGAAAGUGAAGGAAUUACGAAUAUUGCUCAAUAAACGGAAUGUCUCCACCAACACAUGUAAGGAAAAGCAUGACCUUAUUGACCUGCUGUUUAUCAACUUUGCUAAAUCCCCGACUCAGGAGUCUGCUGAAGUAGAGGACUUGGAGUCUCUGUCUAGACAGCCAAGUAGUCUGUCUGGUAGUACGAUUAGUAGUGGUGGUACUCAGGACACAAACAACACCAACCACUUUUCGGCAACGCAAAACUCCAGUCCCCCACAGCCACCCCAACCCCCAGGACCAGAAAGUGAGACAGACAGAGAGGAGAGGCUGAGACAGAGACAGGAGCAGGAGAUGAGACAAGCCAUGUUUAGACAGGAAAUAUUUGGAGAAGAUGAAGAAGAGGAGGUUCCCCAAGGUACAGCCACCCCUCGUGUGAGGAUGAAUCUGGCAGAAAUCAAAACACUUGAGGAUGUUGACAACCUCACAGUCAGGCAGCUAAAGGAAGUCCUUGUUACCAAUUUUGUGAACUACAAAGGAUGUUGUGAGAAACCCGAGCUAGUCGACAAGGUCAAACGGUUGUGGAAGGAACAUAAGACCAACGAACAAAAAGUAAAAGAUUUAGACUCAACAGAAACUAAAGACACGAAAGGGGAGCCAGUCACUGGGGAAAAACCUGAAGAUGAUAUAUGUAAAAUCUGUAUGGAUGCUGCGAUUGACUGCGUGCUCCUAGAAUGUGGUCACAUGAUCUCCUGCACACAAUGUGGCCGUCGUCUCAACGAGUGUCCAAUAUGUCGACAGUAUGUUGUACGAGUUGUACAUACCUUUAAGAGCUAA